AUGCAUAAGGUGUGUGAUAGUAAUGAUGUAUUGUGUCCGAGGAUAAAGAAAAAAUUGGAGGAUGUGAUGUAUAUGAGCCGUUAUUGUAUCACAACACCUAUUUUAGGGGGUCUGUUUGAGGUGACAUUUGAAGAACACAGAUUUGUGGUUACACCAUCCAAAAGGUCUUGUGGGUGUAGGGUCUGGGAUAUUACGGGAAUCCCUUGCAUUAAUGCUUGUUCAGUGAUUACAUUCUUGAACGAGAAUGUUGAAUCAUAUGUUAGUGAGUACUAUACUAUAGAGAAGUACAAGUUGGCUCAUAGCUUUGGCAUUCCACCUUUGAAUGGUGAGAAUAUGUGGCCUGAGGCAGAAGGAUACAAAGUCAUGCCACCUCCGGCUAAGAAGAUACCUGGGAGAUCCAAGAAAUUGAGGAAGAGAGACCCAUUUGAGAAGGAUCCAUCUAAGCCACACAAGCUUCACAAGAUCUGUGUGAUGACUUAUCAGAGACGCCUUCAGCAUGGGCACAAUACUAGAUCAUGCAAAAAUAAUCCAGUUGCAAAGCCACCAAAGGAGAAAGUUGCUAAUUUUACUUACUUUGAAAAUAUUCUUGCUACAAAAACUUACAGUUGGUGA